GCCAACCACCAAUCUCCGCCGUGUGGGACCCUGUUGGACAGACGCUGUAUCUUACUGCCAAUCCAUCUGCAGUAAUCCUUAAUCAUCCUGGAUCCCAAACCGUGGAAUGUAAGCGGGCAGCUAUUUGUCCAUGUCUGUGCUUUUGUUACUCAACUUGUCUUUACUCCAGUUGCUCCAAUCGGUUGAUCAAUGUCAAUUAAUUAUAGCCGAAUCAUGGACUCUAAUGGCCUGCUGCUGCAUUAAUGUAGCAUGUUGGCCGGCGCAUUUAUUGCUGCGCCUGCCCUUCGUUUAUCAUAUAUAUGGUUUUAUUUAUCUUCUGCUUACACUUCACUUGGACUGCCUUCCAUGGCUUUUCGUUACGGCUACUUAAGGGUUCUGUAAGUCGAGAUGAUGCAUGGGUUCCCAUGCAUUCAUAUUGCUUUCUUUCACUUCCCACAAGAAACUUCACUUUAAUUGCAUCCUGGGACUUGGAGCUUACUAUCAUUGCGAGUUUUUCCCUUUUCCCUUUUUCCCUCAUCUCUUUACGUGUUAUGUCCGGAGUUCGAUCACGGCAACAUCCUUGCGUUUUUUUAGCGCAUCAGGAGCCUCGUUCCGGCGUUAUUGCCUCACCUUAUGCUGGGGCAAUAACCAUUUUUGGAUCUGCAUUCUUCUUAUCAUGGAGCAACAUUGUUAGAACAAACACC